CCCCGCCCCGCCUCGGCCCGUCCGGAGGAAGGAGGCGGUGGCUGGGGGCGGGCGCGUCCGACGUGGCUGACGCUGACCCCGAGCCCCCGCAGCGGGGUGAAAUGCCGGUCACGAUCUUGGUGUGCAAUAUCUCUCACGAUGAAGAGCCGGAUACCUCUUGUUCUCCUUGCCUGCGGCUCAUUUAACCCCAUCACAAACAUGCACAUGCGUUUAUUUGAGCUGGCUAGAGAUCACCUUCAUCAAACAGGAAGAUACCGGGUGAUUGAAGGUAUCGUUUCUCCGGUCAACGAUAGCUAUGGAAAGAAAGGCUUGGUUUCAGCAAGGCACCGGAUAGCUAUGGCUCAGCUUGCGCUGGAGACAUCAGACUGGAUUAGAGUGGAUCCAUGGGAGAGUGAACAGGAGAAGUGGACGGAAACUGUAAAGGUGCUAAGGUAA